AUGAACAAUUACAUUAAGCUCUUCGUAGCUCUGGUUUUGCUGUUUCUGCCGCAAUCUCUCUGUGGCAACGCUAAGUUAUUCAAGGAGUACAUAGGAGCCGAUGACAUGAAAGUCCAGUUCUCCGACGUGCCAAUCCUUCCGGAUGUGGAGUUUCACUUUAUUCUGUCAUUUGCCAUCGACUACAGUGGAGCUGGUCAUUCUCCGUUUCCAACAAAUGGCGACUUCAAAAUCUUCUGGGACAAAAAAACUCUGCGCCCCAGCGACGUUCUCGACAUAAAGUCGAAGCAUAAGAACGUUAAGGUCGUCGUCAGCUUAGGUGGCGAUGUGGUCGGAAAAAAUGGCACGAGUGUUCAGUUCAUGCCGUGGAGCGUUUCUUCGUGGGUUCAGAAUGCUGUUUCGACCUUAACACAGAUAAUUAAUGAAUACCAUCUUGAUGGCAUCGAUAUCGACUACGAGCAUUUCGACUACUCUGAUCCCAACACUUUUACAGAGUGCAUUGGUCAAUUAAUCGUCCAGCUGAAGCAGGAAAAAGUGAUCUCCGUGGCUUCCAUUGCUCCCUACGAGGACGAGGGCGCAUUGCGGUCUCAUUAUAUGGCAUUGUGGAAGAAAUAUGGUGACUUCAUUGACCAUGUUAACUUCCAAUUCUAUGCCUAUGAUAAGGGCACUACUGUAGAACAAUUUCUCAGUUACUUUCAGAUUCAGGAAUCUAAUUAUAAGGGUGGUAAAAUACUUGCUAGUCUGGGUACUGACGAGUCGUCAACUGGGGUCACGCCAGAGAAGUUCUUCGAGGCGUGUAGAGGGUUGAAGGAGAAAAUGAAGCUUGAGGGCAUCUUCAUUUGGUCUGCAGAUGACUCCAAAAAGUAUGGCUUCCAAUAUGAAUUGCAAUCCCAAGCUUUGUUGGCCACUUGA